AUGCUGUCUUGCCUCGGGUUUGGUGGCGGCAACAGCCGCGACGGCGAGCGCGAGCCUCUGCUGCCUCGCUACAAUGACGAUACCGCACUGCAGGCGCGUCUGCACGAGAAGCUGCACACGUACCAGAUGCUCCGCGCCAUGUCCAAGGGCUACAUGCCCUCCAACGAGCAGACCAUUGUGCACCUCCGGUCUCUGCUGUCCGCCGACGUGCUCAACCCGGACGUGCCCGAUCUGAGCGACGCGGGACGCGCCCUCCUCCGCACCACCAAGCUCCUCCUCCAGCAGCUCAUCACGCUGCUGCAGAACAAGAAUUCGGAGGACCAGAUCCAGGACUUUCUGUGGUGUCUGGCGAAGGCGCGCCUGAACGUGGACACGGAGGACCUCGCCGCCAGGGCGUCGGCCGCCAAGGCAAAGGGCGACACGGCGGCGGCAUAUGAGAGCCUGCGCACCGUCGGGUCCCUGCUGCUCACCAACUCCGACUUCCGCGUCUUCCUGUCCGACGUGGAGACCGUCGCCAGAGAGGUCUUUCGCGACACGGCGUUCAGCCUCGCCGACGUGUCCAACAAGGCGGGCCGGAGGCUCGAGCCCUCUGAGGAGGACCAAAAGGCCGUCCAGCAGGCCAACGGCAGCUCCAAGGCGCCGCCGCCGACCAAGGAAGACCUCGCGGGCGAGGCCAAGGAGGUCACCCAGAUCCUCGCGCAGGGCGCGUCCGAGGUGGCCCACGAGGCGGGGGACAGCGUCGUCGAGCACGCGACGGGCGAGGAGCAGGAGGCGCUCGUGUCGCGACUCAAGGCGGCCGUCAUGAAGCUGCGCAAGAAGCCCGACUACUCACAAUCCGUGUCGACCCUGUCUACCUUGAUCCGGCGGUACCUCUUGGCCUACUCGCACGCCGCGACCGAAGCCGUCGACGCCGUCGAGGACGACGUCGAUCGCAACCCGGAAGCGGACCGGGCCCUCCAGAACUUUUGGAUGCUCCUCACGUCCAUUGGUGACAAGGACGAGUGGAACAAGGUGGAGGACGCCUUCCGGGCCGUCGUGGAGGACGGGAAGAGUGACCCGGACUUUGACGAGCUCGUCCGCAACAUCGCCAACAUGGUGCAGGACAUGCUGGCCGACCCCGACUUCUUUGACCACGUCGACGAGCGGCUGAACGAGGUCCGCACCAAGUCCAAGAAGCUCCAGUCGGACUCGAACAUGUCCGAGGAUCUCAGCAAACUGCUCAACGCCCUCCGCGCGGCGUUCCAGUCCUUUCUGCGCGACACGGACGUGCACAAGCUGCUCCGCACGUCCACGCGCCUCGCCCACCUGCUGUCCCCCACCGGCCACUACACCAACGGGGCGCUCAUCACCGACUCUGUCAACGUCUUUGUGCCCAUGGCCAUCAACGCCGUGCAGUACAUACCCAUCCCCCGCGUCGAGGUGUCCACGCCGGCCAUAGACCUGCUCAUGGAGAACCUCAUCCUCGAGCCGGGCCGGACCGUCAACCAGAGCUCGUUCCUCCCCUUUCAGCUCAACAUUACGACACAAAACGACGUCCAGGUGCGCAAGGCCCGGAUGCGUGUCGCCUCCACCAUGCGCUCCCUCGUGCGCGUCAAGAUCUCGGGCAUGUCCAUCGCCGCCGACGACCUCGGGUACUGGCUCCGCCUCCACUCGGGCCUCCUGCGGGUCAUGGACGAGGGCAUCGCCGGCUUCCACCUCGACGAGCGCGGUCUCGACAUUGCCGUCGACCUCGAGAUUGGCCGCGACCGGAUGGACAGCAUGGUGGCCCUGCGCGGCGUCACGGUCACGAUCCACCACCUCAACUACACCCUGAGCCAGUCCAAGUUGGCCUGCCUGGCCUGGCUCUUCAAGCCGCUCGUCCGGCCCAUUGUCCGCAAGGCGCUCGAGUUCCAGAUCGCCAAGGGCAUCACCGAGGGUCUCGAGACGCUGAACCGGGAGCUUCUCUUCGCGCGCGAGCGUCUCCGCGCCACGCGCAUCGCGGAUCCCCAGGACCUGUGGACGUUUGUCAGGGCCGUCGCCGCCCGGCUCACGCCCGCCCCGGACCCGGACGUCGACGCGCGCGUGGGCGUCCAGCCGGGCGGCGGGGUCUUCCGCGGUCGCUACGCGCCGGGCAGCCUCGUCAAGCUGUGGCAGGAGGAGGGACGCAAUGCCGAGCAGCAGGUGUACGAGUAUGAGCGGCAGGGCUGGCGCAACGGGAUCUUUGAUGUCACGACGACGGGCAUCUGA